AUGUCUCAACUAUUUCACCCGUCCCCUAAUUCAAUUUUCAAUAACGAUGUACCCAGAUUUGUGGAGACCAGUCGAUUAGGGACUCCUUGCAGUCAGAAUGAUACUUGCAUCGGUGGUUUCGCUCGGCUCGCAACCUUAGUUCGACAGCGCUUAGUCGAAGAACCGGACUCUCUACUCCUCAAUGCUGGUGACAGUUUCCAAGGAACUCUUUGGUACAACAUCUUACGGUGGAAUGUUACUCAGGACUUUAUGAAUAUGCUGCCUCAUGAUGCUCAUGUACUGGGUAACCACGAGUUUGACAAUGGUAUCGAAGGAGUGGUUCCUUAUUUAAAACAUUUGAAUUCAAAAGUUGUGACAGCCAAUAUAAUUGAUGAUCUAGAACCAACAAUGCAAGAAAUCGCCCUUCACGCUGGACCACACAUAGAUAUUAUAGUUGGCGGCCACAGUCACACGUUGCUGUUCAAUGGAGAAGCGCCCGAGAACAGUGCGUUCAUUCCAUUGGGACCUUACCCAGUGGUAGUGGAACAAGAAAACAGAAAGGUUUUAAUAGUACAAGCAGCGGCACAUACUCAAUAUUUGGGAGAAAUUAAGCUAACCUUUGAUGAUAAUGGACAUCUCAGACAUUGGACUGGAGACCCUCACUAUAUUGGAAAUGAAAUCGAACAAGCACGAGACGUGUUAGACAAGAUAGAGAAAUACCUCCCACUGAUUGAAGACAAAGCUUCUGAAGAAAUCGGUUCAGCUCUGGUGGAACUAUCAGCUGAUUGCGCUUGCUCAGAAUGCAAUCUUGGAAACUUUAUGUGUGAUGCUUUUAUGCAUGCAACAAUACCCCGAGCUGGACCGAACCAGUGGAAUUACGCACAUUUCUGUGUCAAUAAUCGAGGAGUUAUUAGAGCAGCUAUUGAUAGCGGAGGAUUGCGUGUAACAUUUGAUGGCUCACGACCAGUAAACUCAAGAGUGGUGGAUGUGCAAGUUAGAUGUAUUGAGUGUGAUGUCCCUAGGUAUGAGCCACUAAAGCUCGACCAAUACUAUAAGGUCGUGUCACAGUCUUUCAUUGCAAAUGGCGGAGAUGGUUAUAAUAUGAUCAGUGAGAAUCGUAAAAACAUUGAAGUCCUGGGUGUUGACUACGAUGUUCUAUCUUCUUACAUAAGGCACCAAUCUCCAGUCUUUGCCGAAAACGAAGGUCGAUUGACGUUUAACAAUUUCUGCCAGCCACUGUAA